UCCCAACCAUGAGCUCCAGCCAACCAGCCUGUCCGUGCCAGGGUGCUGCGGGCCGCCCAGCCAUCCUAUACGCACUUCUCAGCCCCAGUGUCAGGGCUGUCCCCCCACCCCGUAGCCACUGCCUGUGCAGGCAGCACCGACCCGUCCAGCUGUGCGCACCUCAUCGCACCUGCCGGGAGGCCUUGGACGUUCUGGCCAAGACGGUGGCCUUCCUCAGGAACCUGCCAUCCUUCUGCCAGCUGCCCGCACAGGAUCAACGGCGUCUGCUGCAGGGCUGCUGGGGUCCCCUCUUCCUGCUUGGGUUGGCUCAAGACACUGUGACCUUUGAGGUGGCUGAGGCCCCAGUACCCAGCAUACUCAAGAAGAUCCUGCUGGAGGAGCCCAGCAGCAGCGGGGGCAGCGGCCAGCCGCUGGACAGGCCCCAGCCCUCCCUGGCUGCCGUGCAAUGGCUGCAGUGCUGCCUGGAGUCCUUCUGGAGCCUGGAGCUGGGUCCCAAGGAGUAUGCCUACCUGAAAGGAACCAUUCUCUUCAACCCUGACGUACCCGGCCUCCAUGCCUCCUCCCACAUUGGGCACCUGCAGCAGGAGGCUCACUGGGCGCUGUGUGAAGUCCUGGAGCCCUGGUGCCCAGAAGGCCAAGGUCGUUUGGCCCGUGUCCUCCUCAUGGCCUCCACCCUCAAGUCCAUUCCACCCAGCCUGCUUGGGGAUCUCUUCUUUCGCCCUAUCAUUGGAGAUGUUGACAUCACUGGCCUCCUUGAGGACAUGCUUUUGUUGUGGUGA